GAUAUGGAAUGUGCAGAUGUUCCACUCUUAACUCCAAGCAGCAAAGAAAUGAUGUCUCAAGCCUUGAAAGCUACUUUCAGUGGUUUCUCUAAAGAGCAGCAACGCCUGGGAAUUCCAAAAGACCCCCGGCAGUGGACAGAGACCCAUGUUCGGGACUGGGUGAUGUGGGCUGUCAAUGAGUUCAGCCUAAAGGGUGUGGACUUCCAGAAGUUCUGUAUGAACGGGGCGGCCCUCUGCGCGCUGGGGAAAGACUGCUUUCUCGAGCUGGCCCCAGACUUCGUCGGGGACAUCUUGUGGGAGCAUCUGGAGAUCCUGCAGAAAGAGGAUGUGAAGCCGUACCAAGUUAAUGGAGUCAACCCUCCCUACCCAGAGUCCCGCUAUACCUCGGAUUACUUCAUCAGCUACGGUAUCGAGCAUGCCCAGUGUGUCCCUCCGUCGGAGUUCUCCGAGCCCAGCUUCAUUACGGAGUCCUACCAGACCCUCCAUCCCAUCAGCUCGGAGGAGCUCCUCUCCCUCAAGUAUGAGAACGACUACCCCUCGGUCAUCCUCCGGGACCCUCUGCAGACGGACACCUUGCAGACUGACUACUUUGCCAUCAAACAAGAAGUGGUGACCCCAGACAACAUGUGCAUGGGGAGGACCAGUCGCGGCAAGCUCGGGGGCCAGGACUCCUUUGAGAGCAUAGAGAGCUACGAUAGCUGCGACCGCCUCACGCAGUCCUGGAGCAGCCAGUCAUCCUUCAACAGCCUGCAGCGCGUCCCGUCCUACGACAGCUUCGACUCAGAGGACUAUCCAGCCGCCCUGCCCAACCACAAGCCCAAGGGCACCUUCAAGGACUAUGUGCGUGACCGUGCCGACCUCAACAAGGACAAGCCUGUCAUCCCUGCUGCGGCCCUGGCUGGCUACACAGGCAGUGGACCAAUCCAGCUGUGGCAGUUUCUUCUGGAAUUACUCACCGAUAAAUCCUGUCAGUCUUUUAUCAGCUGGACAGGAGAUGGCUGGGAAUUCAAGCUUUCUGACCCAGAUGAGGUGGCCAGGAGAUGGGGAAAAAGGAAAAACAAACCUAAGAUGAAUUAUGAGAAACUGAGCCGUGGCCUUCGCUACUAUUAUGACAAAAACAUCAUCCACAAGACGGCGGGUAAACGCUAUGUGUACCGUUUUGUGUGUGACCUGCAGAGCCUCCUGGGGUACACGCCCGAGGAGCUCCACGCCAUGCUGGACGUCAAGCCCGACGCCGACGAGUGAUGGACACCAAGGGGCCGGAGAAACUCUGCUGCGACAUUUCAAAGAACAACCACGUUGGUCGGACUCUUAAUUUUUAAUUGUUAUUCUAUUUUUAAUUUUCCAGAACUCAUUUUUUUACAUUCAGGGGUGGGAGCUAAGUAAGCUGCAGCUAUAAUCAAUUGUGUGCCGUUGGAGGAGGAGAACCAGGACUUGUGGGGUGGGUGGGACAGGAAAUUCUUGAGCGGAUUUUCAGGAGAGAGACAAGGGCCUUCUUAGAAGCUUGAAGGAUCUGGCUUAAGGGAGGAAGAGACUAACGUGUCCAAUCAUUUUUUUAAAAAUCAUCCAUUAAAAACAAAAUGUGUCUUGAGUUACGGACCUAUUAGCAAAAGAAAUUGAUGCAUCAGGAGUCAUGAGACUAAUAAAAGGCAAUUAAUUUCCUUUUGUUGUUAGGUCUGGGAGGGUGAAAAAGAGGGAGGUGGGGUAAAGCCUUUUUUGGGGGGAUGCACUAAAAAUCAAGGACUAUUUACCUGUUAUUCUACUUUCCAAACAAAGAUGGACUUCAGUGGGGAGGGACCAAAACUUGUUUUUGUGUUAAAAUUUAUUCUAUUAAA